AUGGGAGGAGUUGUGUGGCCUUUGGGGCUCCAGCUGUGCAUUGCUGCUGCGCUGCUCUUUGGUGGAGGAAGAGGGAGAGAGCUCUCUGGCAGCCUGAGCUGCCUGAAUAACUACAUGACUACAGUGAGCUGCAUAUGGGUAACGGAGAAGCCCAUGGGCAAUGGACCUUUCCACCUGCAUUUCACCAACCUCUGGUCAAAGGGCCACAACGCCAGCUGCAAACUGACUGCCACAGAGAGCAUGCAGAAUAAGUACCACUGCGCAAUUCAUUUAGCCAGCCAGAUUUUGGAAACAGAUGGUUAUAGAGUCUCUCUCCAGGGAAACUUCUUUGGAUGUAAUCAGACAUACGUGGCCUUUCUAGAGUACAAUCCCCGCAAGCACAUAAAACUUGAUCCACCUUUGAACAUCCAGAGCAAUGCCACUGCCAGCAAGUGCCAGAUAUGGUGGAGUAUGUGGAAUGUGCCUUGGUACCUCGCUGAAAUUCUCCAAUAUGAGUUGCAGUACAAGGAGUACAGCAUGUCCUGGGAGGUUGCAAUGAACAAGACACUGCCCAGUUCACUGCCACAAGUAGAAAUUGAAGCCACAGAGCUUCGCAGUGGCAUUGCUUAUGCUGCAAGAGUUCGCUGCAAAGUUUCUGAAAAUGAGAAUUCAUACCACAGUCAAUGGAGUGAGUGGAGCCAGACAACAGUGUUUAAAAAAGCAGAUGUCCCCAAAGUCUCUGAAAAGAUUCUAAAUGUCAAAACUAUGCAGUACUUGUUCAUUCCUCUGAGUUUUGGCACUCUACUCUAUUUAUUCUGGAACUGCAAGCUUUCCUCAAGGGCAAAAAGCCUCGCCUGCUUUAACAUUCCCACGCCAGCUGCUUUCUUUCAGCCACUCUAUAGUUUGCACAAUGGGAAUUUUAAGGACUGGGUUGGACUGAAUGAGGCUUGUAGCCAGCUUGAAAGAGAAGAGGCCAGCAACUCAAGAAAAGUGAAUGCAGAUAGAGUUUCUGAUCUAAACACCCAAGAACUGAUUUCCCAAAUCUCAUAUAAACCUACAGGAAGCACAGAUGUGGUUACUGCAGAAGGAAACUUUGCAUUUGCCUCAGGUCCAAGCCAGCAGUAUGUCCCCAGCAGGUACAUAAGAGCAGAAGAGAUAGAGAUGUGGCCAGGACUACUGUUUGCACCAAACCAUGCUGAUGAUACCGUUGGCCCAAAAUUCCCUGAAAUAAUUAAAGACAACCUUGAGAGCCCUAGUGUUGGAAGGAAUUAUCCCUCUCACUCACAGCAUGGAAAAGGUGACUUUCUUAUGCUUGGAGAAUCUUUGGGGAAAAAAGAUAUGUCCUUCAGUGGUAGUGACUAUUGUACUUUGUGUGACAAUGAUACCACAGGAGGUUUGAUUUCCGCUGAACUACUGAAGCUUUCUAGUCACAAUAGUCAUGUUAAACAUCAGAAAGACCAGUGA